AUCAGACACGCGAUACAGACUGUGUGUGUGUGUGUGUGUGUGUGUGUGUGUGUGUGUGUAACGUACGGUACAGUAGUUUCCAUCGGGAAGUGACAGUGCAAGUUGCCCUUCAUGGUCUUCCUUCAGAUCUCUGGUUGCAAGGAAACACUGCAAGAUGUCUCAGAGAAAGAGUUCAAGUUCACCAUUCAGCCUGAAGGUGGUGGCCAUUAAUUUGGCUGCUGGCGGUUCUGCAGGUUUCACAGAGAUUUGCAUCAUGCAUCCACUUGAUGUUGUGAAAACAAGAUUCCAGAUACAGACAACAGGAAAGCCUGGGGAUCCAAACUAUUACACCUCUGUCUAUGACUGCAUCCGCAAGAUGGCUAGAAAUGAAGGUGUUCUGUCCCUGUAUAAGGGGGUGCUGCCCCCUGUGCUGGUGGAGACCCCAAAGCGUGCUGUAAAGUUUCUAACAUUUGAAAUCUACAAAAAGAUUUUUGGGAGUUCCACACCAACAACCUUCUUCCUGGCUGGCUUGGGGUCAGGUACAACUGAAGCCAUUCUUGUCAAUCCUUUUGAAGUAGUGAAAGUAGCUCAACAAGCAAACAGAUCCCAGCACAAAGUGUCUCCCAGUACAUGGGCGGUGGCUCGGCAAAUAGUGAAGAAUGAAGGGUUCGGCUUCAGAGGCCUUAAUAAGGGAGUCACAGCCACUAUUGGUAGAAAUGGUCUUUUCAAUAUGAUCUACUUUGGCUUCUUCCAUACAGUCAAUUCAAAAAUUACUCAGCCAGAGAACAAAUGGAGGCAAAACUUCCAAAAAUUCCUCAUUGGCCUGGUGGCAGGUGUGCUUGGUUGCCUGGUCAACAUUCCUUUUGAUGUAGCAAAAAGCCGCAUCCAGGGACCUCAGCCAGUCCCUGGAGAAAUCAAAUACCGCAGUACUUUUGGCUCCAUUGGAUUAGUUUAUAGAGAGGAAGGGUUCCGAGCUCUUUACAAAGGCUUGGUUCCCAAAGUACUUCGUCUGGGUCCUGGUGCUGGCAUCAUGAUGAUUGUCUACGAGAAUGUUCAUGGUUAUCUCACAAAAAGAUUCCCAGAUGACUAAUGAAAGCUGGGAAUCUGUUCCUACAGAAGAACUCUUAUUUAAUUCAGGCAAGAUGAAUACAGGGAAACAUGCUAGGGGAUCAAUUAUUCAGGUGGAGGGAAUCAUGACUGAUAGUAGAGAUAGAUUCCCUUUCCAUAUCAUUUAUAUAUAAGAUAAUUUUUUGGUAUAUUUUUAUAUUAAAAUUUCCUGUAUAGUAAAAACGUUGGUUAAGAUGUAAGGGAAUGAUUAUGAAUGCACAUAUGUCUGUAGACAUCCUGUUUCAACUACACUCUUUUAAGGAGGAUAACAGAAGAAAAUAAGGGAAGCUGGAAUGUCAGCCUGGUAUGCAGAUAGUGGUCUUACCAUUCCAUUAGUGUUCCUAUAAGUAGAGAGAGAGAGAGAGAGAGAGAGAGAGAGAGAGAGAGAGAGAGAGAGAGAGAGAGAGAGAGAGAGAGAGAGAGAGAGAGAAUAUUGAUGGAUUAUUCAUGUACUUAUUCUGGAACCUAAAUCUGAGAAUAUUUGAACAAAUGUUAUUGUAACUGAAUAUUACAUAUUGAAAUUGUAGAUUAAAACUGACUUUCCAUUUUUUUUUUUUUUUUUUUUUUAAUAUCUCACUUGGAGAAAAUAAAACAGAAGAUAAUUUGCCAUCCAGAUGACUUGGAAAACUUCAUGAGAAUACACAAAGUAAAGCCCUUAAUAAGAUGAGCACCAGAUGAGGUUACUAUUUUCAUACUAUGUAUAUUCUGAGUCUUCUUGUUCAAGCAUUGUAAUGAAUGCAGAUUUAUUUACAGCAAGGAAUGCUUAUGAGUGUGAAUAAUGUGUGCCAUGUCUUGGCCACUUCCUUCAGAGGGCAUGUUUGUCUGGUGUGUAAAUAGAUGGAUGAAUUUCUUCUAUUUUGCCAUCUAAAUAUUAUAUGCUUCACUUGUAUAAUUGAUCACUAUUAUAAUGUCUUCUAUUAUGUACUAAAACAGAAUUUAAUUGCAUGUAAUGCUCAAUAUGUAGAAUUAGAUGUUUUUCCAACACUACAAAAGAUAAAAACUAUAUUAAGACUGUUGUCCAACCUUGAGCUCAAAGUUUUGGGUUGUAAAUCUUAGGUGCUCAUGUGGUGCAUUAAUGAAUGUGUUACUAGUCUCAUUAGCUGAUCUCUAGAGGCCCUUCAAUUUUAAGGUUCUUUCCAGUGACUGGAUACCUUAAAUUUGACUAGCAGCAAAUAUCUACAGGUCCCAAGUUCUCAUUCACCAGUCAUACAAUGCUCAAGAUUUUCAUGGAAUUAAUUCUCUACAAAGUGUAAAUGGAUUUAUUAUGAAAGAGACCCAUUGUGUGUCUGUGUGUUCAUCAAGAAGGCAAUCUAAAGUUUUGUGCUGUCUGCUGCAGGCUUUAACAAAGCACAGUGGAUAUUUCUCAGGGACAUAGCCCCUGUUGGCAUGGCACACUGCUCAGCCAUGACAAAUUUUUAAAAUUUUAUAGCCUGACCUAGUGUGGUAAUUAUAUGGAAUCACACAGAUGGUGUCCAUAAACUACACACACCUUUGUUAUUUGUCCUUAAUGAUGUACAACUUUUUUUUAUUUUAAUACUAUAUUAUAAUAAUAAUUAUUAUAGUACUUUAUGACUAACUCAUAUUUAACUCAGAAAUUUCAUAAAAGACAUACAUAGAUGUAGUGUUGCUGACAAUCACAGGAUUGGUGUUAGUACCAGUCCUGUUGCUAUGUCACCUGAAGGCUCUAAGAUUUAUGCUUGAGUUAUUGACAUACAAGGUCAGGUUAUCAAGUAAAAUAGAUGUUUAUUUAUAUAAAAAAAAUGUAUUUAGAUUACCUAACCAUGAAAAUUUGGUUAGUGGAGCACAACUAUAAUACCAUCUGCACUGGCAGCUGUCUGCAUUAUUUUUAAUACUGAACAUAUACACAAAAUAUUUUGUAAAUCACACAGCUUUACAACCAUUACAAAAUGUAAACGGCUGAUAAUGUUAUUUUAUCAUUAAAAUUUGCACUAAAAA